UGCAGACUUGUGGGUUCAAAUUGAACACUAACUCACCCGAGUGGCACAAGAGCAUGACGAAAAUUCUCAAGAAAAUCAGAGGAGGAAACUUUUGGAUAGACGUGGACGAAGGAAUGGCAUACGUAACGGGUCAAGGCGACCCAAACAAGCUAUUGAAAUUGAUGGCUUCGAGGAAAGGCAAAGAUGCUGAAAUGGCCUUUGUGAAAACCGGAAUACAUCAUCAUUCUAAUUUUGGCAACAGCUAUCAAAACUCUUACUUUGGCCAAUCAACGCCUUAUUGGCCUGCAGGGCCGCCGGCUAUGCAACCUUACCAACAUCAGUAUUCUUAUCCGGGUGGAUAUGGUUACAGUUAUUAUUAGGAUUUUAUGUAGUUUUGUUUUAUAAAACUACGUCGAGAU